UGGCUCAUAGCAGCGCCUGCGACCCCUUUAAUCGCAGCGAGUGGAAGCGUCGCCUCCUCUCUCGGCCGCGACGGCGGUCGUGCCCGCGGUGGGCCGUCGCGACGCUCGUGACGCUUCGACUGACGUUCAAGGCGCCGCCCUACGCCAAGACGCCGCCGCUCCCCCUGCGAACGACCCGACAGUCGCCGGGCACCCAUCGGUGAGCGCGCCGUCGUAAUUCAAAAUUUGGCGGGGAGGGUGGGGUGGGGGGCGCUUUGUUGUUGUUCCUUCCAGAAGAAAAUUAAAGCGUGAUGGUGACAGUGCGCCCGUCUCCGCUCUUCCUCGUCACCGCUGGCGGAAGUGCCCUAGGAUGCCUCGUCUCGCCUCGUGGCAGCUGUCAGAGCAAAGCACCCCACCAUCUCCACCCCUACCGUGUGCCGUCAAUACCGGGCAAAUUACUUCUGUCGGGAGCACCUUCGCCAGCAACGCCGGGCGAUAGACCGCGACUGCCAGUCCAAGAUUCGAUGAGAUCCGACGCAUUCCCGAUCGGCUGGCUACUGCCACGGUAAAUGUGGAAUUUCUACUCUGCCCGAGUACAGGACCACCGAGACUGACCAUGUUGCUAACUGGCCGUCGAUGUUGUUAUUCCAGAAAAUUCGAAGUGAAGUUGGUGGAUUACGCAGACGUGGAACGGUCACGGGGACACGACGCCUGUGCCAACCCCCGCGGGCAUCACGGCGGUGCCAACCCCUGGGGGCACCACGGCGGUGCCAACCCCUGGGGGCACCACGGCGGUGCCAACCCCUGGGGGCACCACGGCGGUGCCAACCCCUGGGGGCACCACGGCGGUGCCAACCCCUGGGGGCACCACGGCGGUGCCAACUCCCGCGGGCACCACGGCGGUGCCAACCCCUGGGGGCACCACGGCGGUGCCAACUCCCGCGGGCACCACGGCGGUGCCAACCCCUGGGGGCACCACGGCGGUGCCAACUCCCGCGGGCACCACGGCGGUGCCAACCCCCGUGGGCAGUCGUUGGUGCUCAGCGGCAUUGGCAGCACGAACCGCGGCUCCAUUCUCUGUAAAGUGCACGGUCGCUGAGCACAGAGGCUCAACAUCGCAAGCGGCCAGCAAUAAACAGCACGAGCGACGGUGCAAUGGACGAGAGUGUAACAUGGGCUUCUGGAAUUGAGCGAGGUUAGUUCGUGGAGGAACUGUGGAAGAGAGGCGAUCUGAUAUAUUGCCACACUGGUCCAUUGCGGACUUUGCAUGAGCGUCACUCACUCCUCCACCACCCUUGUGGAGGACUCGGUCUACCAGGGACUCGGUCGUAUCCACACGGUGUUCACAACACACUUACCUACUCACUCACCCACUCAC